AUGGUCGCGACAUUUGUGUCAAAAGCGGAUCAUAUUGCAACAAUUCCUCUUACUGAGCAAAGAACUGCUACUGCGGAUUGGCAUACCACCAUUUGUUUGCCAAAAGUCAUCACCGAGCCUCGAAAAAUCAACCCCGAAAAAAGAAUCAUCCUCCACCAAGACAAUGCAAGCUCGCACACAGCCCAAAAAACAAGGCAGUAUUUAACGGCAGAAAACGUGGAAUUAUUGGACCAUCCUCCAUAUAGGCCCGAUCUAAGUCCUAGCGAUUUCUUCACUUGCCCGAAAAUUAAAAACAGACUGCGUGGUCAAAGGUUCCAGUCACCAGACGAAGCAGUUGACGCAUUUAAAAAUGCCUGGUGCAGACAACGGUCACUCUGGGAUCAGGAAUGGAACAGUAUUGUCUUUAGUGACGAGUCUCGAUUUUGUUUAGGCAUGCACGAUGGUCGUGCCAGGGUUAGAAGGCGACGUGGUGAAAGGAGGAAUCCACAGUUUUUUGUUGAAAGACAUGUUCAUCACACUGUUGGAGUUAUGGUUUGGGGUGCUAUAGCUUAUGGUUCCAGGUCACCUUUAAUCUUCAUCAGAGGUAACAUGAACGCGCAGCAUCCAACUUUCCAACAAGAUAAUGCCCGACCACAUGUUGCAAGAGUCACAAUAGACUUCUUUCAACAUAAUGAUGUCACAUUGUUACCAUGGCCACCAAGAUCUCCCGACUUAUCCCCAAUUGAGCACGUGUGGGAUAUGAUGGGUAGGAGAUUGCUCAAUUUGCAACGUCCUCCUCAGACUCUAGAAGCACUUCGAGAGGAGUUGGUGGUUGCCUGGAAUGAGAUACCACAGGAGGACAUUGACCACCUGAUCAGAGUUGGAGAAUGCUGGUGCAGACAACGGUCACUCUGGGAUCAGGAAUGGAACAGUAUUGUCUUUAGUGACGAGUCUCGAUUUUGUUUAGGCAUGCACGAUGGUCGUGCCAGGGUUAGAAGGCGACGUGGUGAAAGGAGGAAUCCACAGUUUUUUGUUGAAAGACAUGUUCAUCACACUGUUGGAGUUAUGGUUUGGGGUGCUAUAGCUUAUGGUUCCAGGUCACCUUUAAUCUUCAUCAGAGGUAACAUGAACGCGCAGCGUUAUAUCCACGAAGUUCUAGAACCCCAUCUUUUACCCUAUCUUGACACCCUGGCAGAUCCGACUUUCCAACAAGAUAAUGCCCGACCACAUGUUGCAAGAGUCACAAUAGAGUUCUUUCAACAUAAUGAUGUCACAUUGUUACCAUGGUCACCAAGAUCUCCCGACUUAUCCCCAAUUGAGCACGAGAGGAGAUUGCUCAAUUUGCAACGUCCUCCUCAGACUCUAGAAGCACUUCGAGAGGAGUUGGUGGUUGCCUGGAAUGAGAUACCACAGGAGGACAUUGACCACCUGAUCAGAAGCAUGCCUAGGCGCGUUGGAGAAUGCGUAGCAGAUCAGGGUGCAUCCACACAUUAUUAA